CUGGAGGAGAGCUGGCCGGCUGGGGAGGCGGUGGACGGGGAGAGAAGAGGAAGGAGGCUCCGGGAGCUAGCGAGACAAAAAGGGUCAGGCCUGGGACUUGGGAAAAUCGGGAGUGCAGAGAGAAGAGGGAUCAUCUCUCAUUUCUCUUUACGUUUAUUUUCACCUCAUCUACAUCGCCCCAUUAUCAGAUAUCACCCAUAAGACUUCGCCAUGCCGUCCAACACUGUCACCAACACCAACAACGCUACAUUCAAAGGCUCUGACUACGCUGAUUCACCUGGAAACAGAAUGGGUGAAAGCACAAUACUGGACAUGGACCUGAUGACGGAGGAGAAGUCGGCUAAAAGUAGUGCCUCUUGUAAAGUUGGCAAGCCUGGAAGAAAACGCAAGCAGUUUCCGGUUGAGAGCUGUGGCUUGCUCAAAGGCAGUAUGGGCAUGGGCAACAGCUACAGCGGGGUGGGUAGGCCGUCCAUGGCACAGGUCCACAAUGGAGAGAUGGGCGGGCACAGAGACAGGACGUCUGACGCCUGCUUCCCAAAACAGGAGAAGAGGGAAGUGGAGAACGGGAUCCCCAGAGACCCUUCCUCUUGCCAGGCGGAGGACAGCUUUCAGAGUCUGAGUCCGUCCUCAGAGAACGGAUUCCUGCACGGCCGGGAAGACCAGGACUCGGAGAAAGAGAAGGACGAUAGCCCGACAACGCCGUGCAAGAAACGAGGGAGGCGGAAACUGGAGCGCCCAACGAAAUAUGUGGAGCACAAGGAGGAGGACAGGCGUGAUGCAGUCAAGACCGAGGGAGGUCGAGGCAAGAGGGGAGUUGGUUGGGAGAUCAGCCUUCGUCAGAGGCCCAUGCCCAGAAUAACCUUCCAGGCUGGUGACCCUUAUUACAUUAACAAGAGGACCAGAGAGGAGUGGCUGGCGAAGUGGAAGACGGAGGCAGAGAAAAAGUCCAAACUGACGUCAGUGAUGAACGCCAUGAAGGAUAACGAGGAGAGCGAAACAGAGACACAAAAAGAAGAUGAAGUCUCAAUAAUCAAGCACCCAGCGCCUUCAAAGCAGCAGCAGCCUCAGUCCCACACUCAGCCUCAGUAUCAACAGCAAUCACUGCCGGCGUUGCCACAACAACAACAUCAGCCACCGCCUCAGCAGCAGCAGCAGCCCACUGACCCCGCCUCCCCCACUGUGGCCACCACCCCCGAGCCCAUCGCCAUCGAGGGGGGAGACAAGACGUCCGCCAAACCUGCAGACACUGAACCAGAGUAUGAGGACGGCCGUGGUUUUGGCAUCGGCGAGCUGGUUUGGGGGAAGCUGCGAGGUUUCUCGUGGUGGCCGGGCCGCAUCGUAUCCUGGUGGAUGACGGGGCGGAGCCGAGCGGCCGAGGGAACCAGAUGGGUCAUGUGGUUUGGAGACGGAAAGUUCUCAGUGGUCUGUGUAGAGAAGCUCAUGCCUUUAAGUUCCUUCAGUAAUGCCUUUCACCAACCAACUUACAACAAGCAGCCCAUGUACAAGAAAGCCAUCUAUGAGGUGCUACAGGCGGCCAGCAGCCGGGCAGGCAAAGCCUUCAUGGCCUGCCCCGACAGCGAUGAGACAGAAACCUCAAAAUCAGUGGAAAUGCUGAACAAGCAGAUGAUUGACUGGGCUAUGACAGGAUUUCAGCCCACUGGACCCAAGGCCUUAGAGCCCCCCGAAGAGGAGCGUAACCCAUAUAAGGAGGUCUACCCUGAGAUGUGGGUGGAGCCUGAAGCAGCGGCCUACACGCCUCCUCCAGCCAAAAAGCCUCGCAAAAGCACAACAGAGAAACUCAAGGUCAAGGAGAUUAUUGAUGAGAGGACACGAGAGCGCCUUGUUCAAGAAGUGAGACAAAAGUGCCGCAGCAUAGAGGAAAUUUGUAUCUCAUGUGGGAGUCUGAGCGUUAGCCGGGAGCACCCGCUGUUUGCUGGCGGAAUGUGCCAGAGCUGUAAGAACUGCUUCCUAGAAUGUGCAUACCAAUAUGACGACGAUGGCUACCAAUCAUACUGCACGAUCUGCUGCGGAGGACGAGAGGUGCUCAUGUGCGGAAACAACAACUGCUGUCGGUGUUUCUGUGUGGAGUGUGUUGACCUCCUCGUGGGUCAGGGAGCGGCACAAGUAGCGAUCAAAGAGGACCCGUGGAACUGCUACAUGUGUAGUCCAAAGAACGCGUUCGGUCUGCUGGGGCGGCGCAGUGACUGGCCCAGCCGUCUCCAGCACUUCUUUGCAAAUAAUCACGACCAAGAUUUUGAUGCACCCAGGGAUUACCCCCCAGUCAUGGUGGAGAAGAGGAAGCCUAUUCGCGUCCUGUCGCUAUUUGACGGCAUAGCAACAGGGCUUUUGGUGCUGAAAGAUCUUGGCAUCGAAGUGGAUCGUUAUGUAGCCUCUGAAGUGUGCGAGGACUCCAUCACUGUUGGUAUUGUCCGGCAUCAGGGUCGCAUCAUGUAUGUCGGCGAUGUGAGGAACGUCACACGCAAACAUAUACAUGAGUGGGGACCUUUUGACCUAGUUAUUGGUGGAAGCCCAUGCAAUGACCUCUCUAUAGUCAACCCUGCACGGAAAGGUCUUUUUGAGGGCACCGGCCGCCUCUUCUUUGAGUUUUACAGGCUGCUCCACGAGGCCCGGCCAAAGGAGGGGGAGACCCGACCUUUCUUCUGGCUCUUUGAAAAUGUGGUUGCCAUGGGCGUCAGCGAUAAGAGGGACAUAUCUCGCUUUUUAGAGUGCAACCCGGUGAUGAUUGAUGCCAAGGAAGUGUCCGCUGCCCACCGCGCUCGCUACUUCUGGGGUAACCUUCCUGGCAUGAACAGGUUGGUGUGCGAAUGGCCUUUGAGUGCUAUGUUCAAUGACAGGGUGGACCUUCAAGACUGCUUAGAGCACGGCAGAACAGCUAAGUUUGGCAAAGUGAGGACCAUCACCACCAGGUCUAACUCCAUCAAGCAGGGCAAGGACCAGCACUUCCCCGUCUACAUGAAUGAGAAGGAAGACAUACUCUGGUGCACUGAGAUGGAGAGGAUCUUUGGCUUCCCUGUCCACUAUACGGAUGUGUCAAACAUGAGCCGUCUGGCGAGGCAGAGGCUGCUUGGUCGAUCCUGGAGCGUCCCGGUUAUUCGCCACCUGUUUGCACCACUCAAAGAUUACUUUGCCUGCGCUUGAGCGGCAAAAUAAACUUGCUCGGAAACAUUUAGGACCCACAGCUGUAUGUUGUGACUAGAAAUAAGAGCCUUGAUCCUCAAAUUAUACUCUUGUAUAAUUUGCAAGCGAAACAAUGACGUAGACUUUACAUUAUUUCUCGUAUUUGAAUUGUAAUUCUUAUUCUAUUUAAUUUUGAUAUGUCAUUUUACCUUUUAGCAGUGUUAUCAAGUAUUUUUGAUUUGUUUGUGCAAGCUAUACUUGAGACUAUGCUUUCUUCUCAAGACACUGAGACAGAAAAGUGCUAAACAUGUGUUUUUAAAAGAGACGGCAAUGCGAUGGGAAAGACCCGAAAGAUAGGAAAUGGUUUUGAGAUAUGUGAAAUGUUUCUGCUGUGUCAGCGUACUGUACGUGCGGCCAUGCUUCCAGCUACUGAGCCUCACAGAGAUGUGAAGAGAAUGGCGAUUUUUCUUCAGUGUCAGGAUAGCUGUGUCUCUAAGAAUCCAAAACACCAGAUCACAUAUACCUCUUUGUUUACAGUUUAUAUUCACAACUGAAGGUAAUAAAGGUACUACUGUUAUAUGGUUACAAUACCAUGGUGCUCAAUGAAGAUGGGAAACAUCAUAGCCCAUGUGGCAAAACAACUUUAGACAAUACGGAGAUCUUUAACCUGUUGCUGGAAAAAUCUGUUGUGGGUCGUUUCAUUCACUUUAUAGGCAAGUGACAGACAGUAGACUGCAAUUAGAGUUCAUGCUCUUCUCUGCAUUUUACAGCUUUUAUACAGUUUGUACUGGUGCUAAUUUAAUCUCUCAGCCUUGCCACACUUGGGCUCACUGCCUGGAUCUGCACAAACAGAGAGUGAAGCUAGCCACAUGGGCAAUGAUGUUUUCUGUCAUAGAAUAACUUAAGAUCAACGUCUGUGAAACUAUUUUUUUUGUAGUUUCAUCCUGACCAAUGACAUUACUGUACAACUGUUAGUAAGCGUGGUUGUUGGAGGGCGGGAGUGUGACCGGGCCGGGUAACUCUCCCUAACUUCCACCUCUCUAAACUGAAAAACUGUCAGGUGCAAAAACCUCAACAAUAUGGUGCGGCUUCACAAAGUUCUUCUACCUUUUUAUAGCAAUUCUGUGCUGUUUUAUCAACAUUAUAAAGCACUUUUAUAUGUAUUCUUUCUUUUUUCUUGAUAUUUUAAAAAGAUAUUUGGUUUCUUGUGAAUUUUGUUUUAUGAUGUGAACUGAUCUACCCUCGUGUGAUACUUUUUGUAUACAGUAGGGCUGUGCCAAUAGAAGUGAAAAAUGGAUUUUGAUAUGUGAAACCCAUGUUAUUUGACUCGGUGUACAGUAGAUGGAUUGACAUGUGUCACCCCAACCCCCUUUUCCUUUUCUCCAUCAUCCAUAUUGUUCCCUGUUUUAAAGCAGCGAUACGGUAUGUUAGUACCCGGAUUCAAAGAAUGUCUAUUUCUAUUAAGAUUGUAAAAUGUAAGACAGAGUUAGCGAACUAUGUCAUGCGCAUUGUAUAAUAUGUUGUCCCUUGUGAAGGACAGUUGGGCCUUUGUUAUUUCCCUGAUAAAUCGUAGUCGUCAUGUUGACAAAUUUAAUUGCUGAUCCAAAAUUUGGAUUUUAUUCACAAACGUAAUUCUCUUGAUUGUAACCUCUAAGAUAAAUAUGGAGGAUUUAGGCUGCAGUUUGUCAAAACGAAAAACUGACACAGUGUUUGAUGAAGAUGUCAGCACUCAAAGAGUAUAGAGGGUAAUAAAAACAGAUGUUAUUGCUUAUCUAUAUCAUAUUUAAGAUUCUAAAUUUGAAAUUUAAUUUUCUUAAUGUAAUUAAUUUCUUAAGUGACCUUAUUGCCAUCAUUUUUGUCCAUGCACAGCAGGCUCAAUAUGAGCUCUUGUGCUUUGUGAUAUUUUAACCAGAUGUUAUUUCCCCUUCCUCCUAUAAUACUUCCCCUCAUAUUUGUACAUUUUGUACAUAGAGUUUUCCGGUGGCUGUUUCAAUUUGUUUUUACCAUUUUUUUUUAAAAUUACGUAUGAGAUGUACAAAUAUAAUUCUUUGCUAAUAUAUAUCAUCAAAUUAGGAAGAAAUCUAGGUUAAAAUUUUAAAAAAUCAAGUGACAAAUUUGAUUCAAAACUUGCUUUGAGCAUUAGAUGUAGGGAGACUCCAAGUCGACUUUAUCGUACUGAUUUGUUUGUGUCAAGUGAAUCCAGAUUUAAUGUCAUGUGAUCUUAAUAGUGGCCUGAGGACAGCUUUAAGAUGAACGCGCUCAACUUCACUGCACAGCCCUACAUGGUGGUGUUUUUCUGCUUCUGUUUCCUUUUGUAAGACUUAAAAUAGGGGUUGUCUGUGUUUCUAAUGGUGCUAAACAUUUUAUCCAAACAAGAAAAAUAUAUUUGGUUGGAAGAGUCUUGACAAUGACAGUUUUUAAGUUACUUGUAGUAACAGAAAAUAACUAUUAUUUCACUCAUAUAAAUAUAUUAACAAAGGCAUUUUAACUUUGUACUUGAAAAAAUAAGGAUAACAAAUAAUGAAAGGUUUCCUAUAUUGUUUUAGACUAGAGAUUGCUGUAGUUGGUGCUUAUCUGUGGGAAAAUCAUGUGAGAAAAAAAAAUCUGGUAAUAACUUUUACUGUAGCAUAAUAAUGUAUGCUUAAUACGCAUUGCUUCUUCUUAAUCCUACAUUCCACGGCGUAAUAUUCUCCAUGUCUGUUUUCAAAAUGUUGUUUUGAAUUGAUGUUUUUUUGUUUUGUUUUUUAAAUCAGAAACAACAUUUGAGUUUUACUGUUCAAGGCAGGUCAAUACUUCUAUAUUCGGUGAUACUGUUGACGCUCUGUGUGACUUUCUUUCUGUCAUAACUGUUAAUGGCCUAUAUGCUUUUCCUCAAGACCAGUUCGUACAGCAAAUGUAGCAGUCAUUCUCCACCCUACCCCUCCCCCCCAUAAUUAAGUUUAGUGUCCAGAGAGAAGAUAGAGGCUCCGUAUGUACUUGUGCUGGAGAACACUUGAAUAAAUGUAUUGUUUUUGUGCAAAACUC